AGUCGCUGUAGUCGGGGCUCGGGACCGGCUGCCAUCUUAGCGGAGGGACUGAGGAGUCGUCGCCGCCCUGAGUCCCGGUAACAUGCAUUUCACAGUGGCCUUCUGGAAACUAUGCCUUAACCCUAAGAAGUGACUCAACUAUUGAGAACUUGAGGUCUGCUGUAACAGUACAAGCUGGGCAUGGUGGUUCAUUUCUGCAGUGCCAGACUUUGGAGGCUGAGGAAGGAAGACUGCUACAAAUUUGAGGCUAGCCUGGACUAUAGAGUGAGACUUUAUCUUGUAGAGCCAGAAACAAACAUUCCCUUUGAAAUUACCCUAAAGUUGUGGGGAUGGAAACGUAAUGUUUUGCAGUUCAGGUUUGCUGUCUUAUUGAUGGUAUGUCUGACAGUGGACCACAGCUUGAUUCAAUGGGUAGCCUGACCAUGAAAUCUCAACUUCAGAUCACUGUCAUCUCAGCCAAACUUAAAGAAAAUAAAAAGAAUUGGUUUGGACCAAGUCCUUAUGUAGAAGUUACAGUAGAUGGGCAGUCAAAGAAGACAGAAAAAUGCAACAAUACAAACAGUCCCAAGUGGAAGCAACCCCUCACAGUUAUCGUUACCCCUACAAGUAAAUUAUGUUUUCGUGUGUGGAGUCACCAGACCUUGAAAUCUGAUGUUUUAUUGGGAACUGCUGGAUUAGAUAUUUAUGAAACAUUAAAGUCAAACAAUAUGAAACUUGAAGAAGUAGUUAUGACUUUGCAGCUUGUAGGUGACAAAGAGCCAACAGAGACAAUGGGAGAUUUGUCAGUUUGUCUCGAUGGGCUGCAAGUGGAAACUGAAGUUGUUACAAAUGGGGAAACUUCAUGCUCAGAGAGUGCUACACAGAGUGAUGAUGGCUGCAGACCCAGGGAUGAAACAAGAGUGAGCACAAAUGGAUCAGAGGACCCUGAGGUUGCAGCAUCAGGGGAAAACAAGAGGGCCAGUGGAAACAAUUCUCCAUCCCUUUCAAAUGGUGGUUUUAAGCCUUCUAGACCUCCUAGACCUUCGAGACCACCUCCACCCACCCCACGAAGACCAGCUUCUGUCAAUGGCUCACCAUCUACGAAUUCUGACAGUGAUGGAUCUAGUACAGGCUCUUUGCCACCAACAAAUACAAAUGUAAAUACAAGUACAUCCGAAGGAGCAACAUCUGGAUUAAUAAUCCCUCUUACUAUAUCUGGAGGCUCAGGCCCCAGACCCCUGAAUACUGUAAGCCAAGCUCCCCUACCACCUGGGUGGGAGCAGAGAGUAAACCAGCAUGGGCGUGUUUACUACGUAGACCAUGUUGAAAAGCGAACAACAUGGGACAGACCGGAACCUCUACCUCCUGGCUGGGAACGGCGUGUGGACAAUAUGGGACGUAUUUAUUAUGUUGACCAUUUCACAAGAACCACAACAUGGCAGAGGCCAACCUUGGAAUCUGUCCGGAACUAUGAACAGUGGCAGCUACAGCGUAGUCAGCUUCAGGGAGCAAUGCAGCAGUUUAACCAGAGAUUCAUCUAUGGGAAUCAAGAUUUGUUUGCUACAUCACAAAACAAAGAAUUUGAUCCCCUUGGUCCUUUGCCCCCUGGAUGGGAGAAGAGAACUGAUAGCAACGGAAGAGUAUAUUUUGUCAACCACAACACUCGGAUUACACAGUGGGAAGACCCCAGAAGCCAAGGUCAGUUAAAUGAAAAGCCCUUACCAGAAGGCUGGGAAAUGAGAUUCACAGUGGACGGAAUUCCAUAUUUUGUGGACCACAAUAGAAGAGCAACUACUUAUAUAGAUCCACGAACAGGAAAAUCAGCCUUAGACAAUGGACCCCAGAUAGCCUAUGUUCGGGACUUCAAGGCAAAAGUUCAGUAUUUCCGGUUCUGGUGUCAGCAACUGGCCAUGCCACAGCAUAUAAAGAUCACAGUGACAAGAAAAACCUUGUUUGAGGAUUCCUUUCAACAGAUCAUGAGCUUCAGCCCGCAAGAUCUGAGAAGACGUUUGUGGGUGAUUUUCCCAGGAGAAGAAGGUUUAGAUUAUGGAGGUGUAGCAAGAGAAUGGUUCUUUCUUUUGUCACAUGAAGUGCUGAACCCAAUGUAUUGCCUGUUUGAAUAUGCAGGGAAGGAUAACUACUGCCUGCAGAUAAACCCCGCUUCUUACAUCAAUCCAGACCACCUGAAAUACUUCCGUUUUAUUGGCAGAUUUAUUGCCAUGGCUCUAUUCCAUGGGAAAUUCAUAGAUACUGGAUUUUCUUUACCAUUCUAUAAACGUAUCCUGAAUAAACCAGUUGGACUUAAGGAUUUAGAAUCUAUUGAUCCAGAAUUUUACAAUUCUCUCAUCUGGGUUAAAGAAAACAAUAUCGAAGAAUGUGGUUUGGAAAUGUACUUCUCAGUUGAUAAAGAAAUUCUAGGUGAAAUUAAGAGUCAUGAUUUGAAACCCAAUGGUGGCAAUAUUCUUGUGACAGAAGAAAAUAAGGAGGAAUACAUCAGGAUGGUAGCUGAGUGGAGGUUGUCUCGAGGUGUUGAAGAGCAGACACAAGCUUUCUUUGAGGGCUUUAAUGAAAUUCUUCCCCAGCAAUAUUUGCAAUAUUUUGAUGCGAAGGAAUUAGAGGUCCUUUUGUGUGGAAUGCAAGAGAUUGAUUUGAAUGACUGGCAGAGACAUGCCAUCUACCGUCACUACACCAGGUCAAGCAAGCAGAUCAUGUGGUUUUGGCAGUUUGUUAAAGAAAUUGAUAAUGAGAAAAGGAUGAGGCUUCUGCAGUUUGUUACUGGAACCUGCCGACUGCCAGUGGGAGGAUUUGCUGACCUUAUGGGGAGUAAUGGACCACAGAAGUUCUGCAUUGAAAAAGUUGGCAAAGAAAAUUGGUUACCCAGAAGCCAUACUUGUUUUAACCGCCUGGACCUCCCACCAUACAAGAGCUACGAGCAACUGAAGGAAAAGCUGUUAUUUGCCAUUGAAGAAACAGAAGGAUUUGGACAAGAGUAAUUAUUGAGACCUUAGGCCACCAGAGGCCAGGGACUCGUCUGCAGUGUCUGUCCCUUUCCUUCUCUGCCUGUUGCACAUCUUACUGUAUACUUGGACUGUGACUAGAGAGUUAUCUGAGAAUAAGUAAAUUAAUGUUAUCGUU